AUGCUGUUUCAAUCUUUACUACUAUUAAUUACAAGCAGUGUCAAAGCCAAUGGUUUACUCUCAUUAUUGCCAGAUUCAUCAUUUAUCGGAAGCUCUUAUAUUCGAUUGCCGCCGAUUCUUGGAUCAAAAUCGUUCGCAUGUUUUUCAACAGACACAUGGCUAACAACACCAAACGGAAAAAAGCGAAUGGAUCAAAUUGCAGUCGGCGACAUGGUUCUAACAGCCAAUAUGACAGCUACAUUUUUCACACCAAUUACUACUUGGAUGCAUCGAGAGCCUGAAGAGAGAUAUCAAUUCUAUACCAUUAUGACUGAAUAUGGUAAAAUGCUGGCGGUUACCGCGAAGCAUUUGGUUUACAGAAAUUUAUGUGAUGAGAACUAUGAGGAAUUUGUCAAUUAUUUUCCAAAAAAUCGGAAUGCAGUUUUUGCCGAUGAAUUAAAGAUUGGCGACUGCCUCAUUCUUUUAUACAAAGGAAAAUAUCGCCAACAGCGUAUAAUGCGCAUUUCUAUAACCGAAAGAAAAGGCAUUUUCGCGCCGAUAACGUCGAAUGGCCGGAUUAUUGUCAAUGAUAUUAUUGCUUCAACCUACAGUGAAGUGAAACAUAUCAAGUUUCAGAUGAAAUAUUUUGCGGUUGUUUCUCAAAUUCAAGAAUUCUUGAAGAUUUUCGGAGAAUCUUUUUACAAUAAGGUUACUAUUCCAGUCGGGUCUUCUUUGGCGUCUGAUAUCCUUUUACUCCUUCUACCAGUACCGGUUACAUCUAAUUAA